GCCCCCUUUCCCCCAACUGGCAAGCGCGAGAGAUGUACCAGGGCAGUGGAAGCAGCUGUUGGAGAGAAGAGGCGAGCGAGAGAGGAAGGAAACGGGAAGCGGGGGUCUCGGGAUGAACGGCGCGGCCCGGGCUCUCUUCGACAGCAAGGAGCGCGUCCUGUUGUUGGGCGAGAGUUUCGAGAAGCAGCCGCGCUGCGCUUUCCACACCUUGCGCUAUGACUUCAAACCUGCAUCAAUUGAUACAUCUUGUGAAGGAAACCUUGAAGUUGGUAAAGGUGAACAGGUAACAGUAAUGUUGCCAAAUAUUGAGGGCUCUACUCCACCAGUAACAGUUUUCAAGGGUUCCAAGAAGCCAUAUCAAAAAGAAUGCAUCUUAAUAAUUAACCAUGACACUGGCGAAUGUAGACUAGAGAAACUUAAUAGCAAUAUCACAGUGAAGAAAACCAGAGGUGAAGGCAGCAGCAAGGUGCAGUCUCGUAUUGAGCACCACCAGCAGCAGCUAAUGAAACACACUAAUAAGAUGCCAAACAACCACAAAUCAUCUCCACCAAAAGAAAAGGUGUCUCCACCUUCUCCUAUGGAUGAUAUUGAAAGAGAGCUAAAAGCAGAAGCUAAAAUCAUAGAGCAAAUGAGCAGUUCUGAUAGUUCAUCGGAAUCAAAGAGUUCAUCUGCUUCAUCAAGUAGUGAAAACAGCUCUAGUGAUUCAGAAGAAGAAGGAUCAAAGCUAUCGCUUCCCUUGUCAAUGCCACACCUGCAGCCACCGCAUCCCAUGAUGACAGUAUCCCAACAGGCAUUCCCAGAUGUGGAUAUUGGAUAUCGCAGAAGUCAAGAGAGCAGUGGCCGUUUGAUGAAUACACUGAGAAAUGAUCUACAGUUGAGUGAUUCUGGAAGUGACAGCGAUGAUUGAAGAUGCUUUGAAGUUUUGAAGAUGCAUUAUUUUCCUUGCUGAAGAUGAAAAGACAUUUAUUUUGCACUAAGUAAUAAAAUUAGAACCAUGUUAUGAACUUUGAUAAUGAAGUUGACUUAAUUUUCAUGACAUGAAGCUCAGCAUUCCUUCUGCCAUAACUUUAUAUGGCUGUUGUAAAUGUCUGGAUAUUGGGUAUUUUAGCCAAGCCAGAGUAGCUUCUACUACCUCCUUUACUUAAAAGUUGAAACAACUAACUAUUCUCUGUGACUUAAAUAUGGAGGAAAUAUUUGUUUAUAAUAUACAUAUUUUGGAUAAAACUUUUACUUGAGCAAGCAUGUUUAUAAGUAAGAGAAAACAAAAAGUUGAUAUCUGUUACGUUUUUAUUUUUGAGACCUAAUGCUACUAAAGUACUUUCUAAUCAACAGAAUGGAACUAUCCAAUUUUAUGUAACAAUUGAGCUGUAAUGAAUACAAUCUGAAAUUCCAUUUUUUUUUCUAGCCAUCAGUUUUUCCUCAUCUGGGUAUUGCUAAAUUUAUUGUCUAUGGUAAUAAUGAAUUAAUAGCUUUAGUAUCUUGACAACUUAAGGUAUAUCAUUAUAUAACAUAAAUGUGCUCUUCAAAUUAUGUUAAGAUCAAUGAAUUGCUUUUGGUUGGCUGAGAAAUAAUAAAAUAUUUAUUAUUUCCUUAAUAACUUCUGUAGAUAUUGGAAUAUUUGUGAUCCCUUUGCCCUUUAAAACUGAUGUAAAAUAGGGGAAUAAUCUCUGACCUCAUAAUUACAAAGAGGUUAUAAAGCAUGCAGGCAAACAUAAUUCUAUAAUAAAUAUACGCAGACCAUACUUUAUAUAUUUUACUACACUGGUGAAAUAUUUUCUUAUGUCGGUAUCCCAACAAUUUGUCUCACAUAUAUAGCCAUAAAAAAAUUCUAAGAUAGGGGCCAGUAAUUUACUACAUGUAUUAUUAGUGUGAAUUCUAAUACUUUGUGGAAUAGCAUGUUUAUGAAUCAGCAAGAAAGCUGGUUCUCAGCACUAAACUAAUCUGGUCUUUUGUCAAAAAGAUAAUUGUCAUUUUCAGAAACUUUUCCCUUGCGCUAAUUUAAUUUUUUGGGAGCUGAAUAAGCAUGUUCUUAGGAGUAAAACAAGAUGUGACAAGUGUGCUCAAGGACUGGCUGUGGGAAUAUAAAUAUAUUCUUAGAUUCAAAAUACUUUCUCGGUGCCAAGACACAGCAUUUUGGGAGCUGUUUGGCGCCACAAAAGAAAAAAUGGUAAAUGUGAGGAAGUUCUCAGUUCUACCCCUAUUCAGAACUAAAAUACGUAGCUUCUGUAAUGUCGAUCUGUUGAAUUUUUAUUUCCCUUCAGCUGCAUAGAAGGUACUUUUUUCUUGUUAGGUGAGCACUUCUGGAAGGGUACAUAGUUUGAGGAGGGAGACAAAACAAUUGGCACCAGGUGUCAUUUCAUAUUAGAAUUCCCCAGGUGAUAUGAUCUUCUCUAGCCAUGUAUCUAUUUAAUUCAUGUACAAUUUGCAGCCAUGUGAGAUUAUAACCACACAAAUGAAUUUUCAAAGGGAUAGGGAGAGGCCAAAUAAAAAAAAUCAU